CCAUCUUCCUCCCUCCCUCGCUCCGCUCCCCUCCACUCUGCUCUGCGCUCUGCGCUCUGCCCGUAGCCACUGACGCCGCCACGGAGCCCUCUGCGGGGCAGACACCGCCGCAGUUCUGCGCUCCCCCUCGCUCCGCUCGCUUCCUCACUCGGGCGAGCCUCCCGCAUCCGCAAGAGCUGAGGAGGCAGGAGGGGGCGGAAAUCCAGAGCGAGCAGGAGCGCGCAAGAAGUGGGCUGCCCGCCCCCCAUCCCGCCACCCCCUCCCUCUCCGCCACCCUUGGGCUUCGGGAAACCUUGGCGACUUCCCCCAGACUUUCUGCAUGACUGUCACAAAGCAGAGCCCAGGGACAGUAGCUGAAUCUUCCUUUGUUGUAAGUGACAAUCCUUUGGGACCUCAGGGAGCAUCAUUGUGAAGAGAUUCCUCUGUCCUGGACUGUGAGUGGAGAUGGAGAAGAUGUCCUGGCGCCCGCAGUACCGAAGUUCGAAGUUCCGGAAUGUCUACGGGAAGGUGGCCAACCGAGAGCACUGCUUUGACGGGAUCCCCAUCACGAAGAAUGUGCACGACAACCACUUCUGCGCUGUCAACGCCAGGUUCCUUGCCAUAGUUACAGAGAGUGCGGGAGGCGGAUCCUUUCUUGUAAUCCCCCUGGAGCAGACAGGUCGAAUUGAGCCCAACUAUCCCAAAGUUUGUGGUCACCAAGGCAACGUGCUAGACAUCAAAUGGAAUCCCUUCAUUGACAACAUCAUUGCAUCUUGCUCAGAGGACACAUCAGUACGAAUAUGGGAGAUCCCUGAGGGGGGCUUGAAGCGGAACAUGACAGAAGCAAUCCUAGAACUUUAUGGACACAGCCGGAGGGUGGGGCUUGUGGAGUGGCAUCCAACCACCAACAACAUCCUGUUCAGCGCUGGCUAUGACUACAAGGUUCUCAUCUGGAACCUGGAUAUCGGGGAGCCAGUAAAAAUGAUUGACUGCCACACAGAUGUGAUCCUCUGCAUGUCCUUCAAUACAGAUGGCAGCCUGCUCUCCACCACUUGCAAGGACAAGAAGCUGAGGGUGAUCGAGCCCCGUUCUGGCCGAGUACUCCAGGAAGCCAGCUGUAAGAAUCACAGAGUAAACCGGGUGGUAUUCCUUGGCAACAUGAAGCGGCUCCUCACAACAGGAGUUUCCAGGUGGAACACCAGGCAAAUUGCCCUCUGGGACCAGGAGGACCUAGCCAUGCCUCUCAUCGAAGAAGAAAUUGAUGGUCUUUCUGGACUCCUGUUUCCCUUCUAUGAUGCUGACACACACAUGCUAUAUUUGGCAGGAAAGGGGGACGGGAACAUCAGAUACUACGAGAUUGGGUCAGAGAAGCCAUAUCUGAGUUACCUCAUGGAGUUUCGCUCCCCAGCCCCACAGAAAGGUCUGGGAGUGAUGCCUAAGCAUGGCCUGGAUGUGUCUGCUUGUGAAGUGUUCCGGUUCUACAAGCUAGUAACCCUGAAGGGCUUGAUUGAGCCCAUCUCCAUGAUCGUGCCUAGGAGGUCAGAAUCUUACCAGGAAGACAUUUACCCCAUGACCCCAGGAACGGAGCCAGCUCUGACCCCUGAUGAAUGGCUUGGAGGCAUCAAUCGAGAUCCAGUGCUGAUGUCUUUAAAAGAAGGCUAUAAGAAAUCUCCCAAAGUGGUGUUUAAGGCUCCAAUCAAAGAAAAGAAGAGUGUUGUGGUCAACGGAAUAGAUUUAUUAGAAAAUGUCCCACCCAGGACAGAAAACGAGCUCCUCCGAAUGUUCUUCCGACAGCAGGACGAGAUUCGGCGAUUGAAAGAGGAACUCUCCCAGAAAGACAUCCGCAUUCGGCAGCUGCAGCUGGAACUCAAAAACUUACGGAACAACCCCAAGAACAAUUAGCUCCCCAAAGGCUCAUUUUCUAAAUAAACUCUCUGUUUAUA